AAGGGCGUGACUACUGCAUGCAGGCAGAAAUCUUGAAUAUGAUGUACACAACACAAGACUACACUGAGUGCCUUCAUAUCUGACUGUUUUUAUCGCGCUAUUCCGUCAUCCUCGAUAGAAGAAGCAAUUUUACACUCUGAAAAGCUUUUUAAAGGCGCCAGGCAGGAACAAUGGGGAAUUGCCACACGGUAGGACCAAACGAAGCCUUGGUGGUAUCAGGUGGCUGCUGUGGCUCUGAUGACAAGCAAUAUACAGUGGGCGGCUGGGCCUGGGCGUGGUGGCUUAUUACUGACAUACAGAAGAUAACCCUUGAGAUUAUGACCCUGCAACCCAAGUGUGAGGAUGUAGAGACAGCGGAGGGGGUAGCUAUUACUGUCACAGGUGUGGCACAGGUGAAGGUCAUGACCGACAAAGAGCUGCUGGGUUAUGCCUGUGAACAGUUCUUGGGCAAGACAGUGGCAGAGAUAAAAAGUGUCAUUCUACAGACACUGGAAGGUCAUCUGCGCUCUAUUCUGGGGACUCUGACUGUGGAGCAGAUCUACCAGGAUAGAGAUCAGUUUGCCAAGCUGGUGAGGGAGGUGGCGGCACCUGAUGUUGGCAGGAUGGGUAUUGAGAUCCUAAGCUUUACUAUUAAGGAUGUCUAUGAUAAGGUGGAAUAUUUGAGCUCCUUGGGGAAAUCCCAGACUGCUGCUGUUCAGAGAGAUGCUGAUAUUGGCGUGGCCGAAGCAGAGAGAGAUGCUGGAAUCAGGGAAGCAGAAUGUAAAAAGGAAAUGAUGGAUGUGAAAUUCCAAGCAGAUACAAAAAUGGCCGACUCAAAGAGAGAGCUGGAGAUGCAGAAGGCUGCCUUCAAUCAAGAAGUGAACACAAAGAAAGCUGAGGCGCAAUUGGCCUAUGAGCUUCAGGCAGCCAAGGAGCAGCAGAAGAUCCGACUGGAGGAGAUUGAGAUCGAGGUGGUUCAGAGAAAGAAGCAGAUCACCAUUGAGGAAAAGGAGAUCCUCAGGACAGAUAAAGAGCUGAUCGCCACCGUGAGGAGACCAGCUGAGGCUGAAGCCUACAAGAUGGAGCAGCUCGCAGAAGCGAUGAAGAUGAAGAAGGUGUUGACGGCACAGGCUGAUGCGGAGAAGAUCAAGCGUAUUGGAGAAGCAGAGGCCGGCUCCAUUGAGGCUGUGGGUAAAGCUGAAGCAGAAAGCAUGAGGCUCAAAGCUGAGGCCUAUCAGGAGUACGGGGACGCUGCAAAGAUCGCCCUCGUCCUGGAGGCUCUGCCAAAGAUUGCUGAAAAGGUGUCCGCACCCUUGGCCCGUACCAAUGAGAUUGUGAUCCUGAGCGGUGACGGUGGCCGUGUCACUGGGGAAGUCAAUCGUCUGUUGGCUGAACUACCUGUUUCUGUCAACGCACUCACAGGGGUGGAUCUGUCCAAGAUCCCAUUGCUGCAGAAAAUGAUCAGCCCUCAAGCUUGAACUCCUCUUUCACUCUGCUGCCUUUCCAACACUCCCACAUCGAUUGCCUUGAAAAGAAACAAAGCUCUUUUCUUUUUAAAAUGAGGAAAUUGAAGAUUUUGUUGUUUUAGACCCCUGGUGCCUUACCUCUUCAGGACCAGAUUCUCUGCGUGUGCUCUUGUUUUAUCACUUAUAUCCUUUUCUGUCUGUUUAUUUGACAUUUUUUCCUGUUUAAACGACGUACCUCAAAAAAGAUUAUUUUGUUAAUCACACAACGAUUUCAUAAAAUGUGCUUGUGGGCAGCUCUAUGUGUAAGUAGUUGUUUAGAAGUUAGAAGUAUGUAUUGCCAUUUUGAUGGGUGGCUAAGAUUGUAAUCGCAGUAACAUUUAUGCAGUGUAUGAAAAUAUAUAGACGUAUAUAGUGUAGAAGAGCCAUUAGGAUUGUUACAGCAUGUUUAGUGGAUUGAUCAACUGGGUCAUUGUGAAGACUUUGCUGUUCAGGUCAAAUAGUGACGCACGAAGGAGAAGGACUGACUUUUAUUUGACACAUUUAGAUGUACAUCUUUUUGUACAGUUCAAACAUUAAGUAAUUUCAUAUUUUUUUAUAGUGGACAUGAAUGAUCGUUCUGUUGCUUUUUAAAAAAUGUGCUUUAGGGUUCUAUAGGUCAGGUCACAUGUUCACCAUGUAGUCCUUCAUGUGGAACUACUCCAUGUGAUUCAUUAUCAUUUCCAUAUGUAUAUUCUUUGAUAAUGUUUUGCUUAUUUUUGGAUGUUAAAAUGUGGUCCAAGUGCAUUUUUACCAAGAUGCCAAGCAUAGGCCAAACAUGCUGAAUCAGCAGGAUAUAGGAAGGUAUCUUUAAUUUUUUCAUCGCAGAAAAUCACAGGAAAGUUACCUCAACCCACUGUUUAUGCAGACGAUAAAGCUUUAGUCCUCUUCCAUGAGCUGAAAGUAAGAUAUUAUAAACCUUGUCUUUAGUCAAACUGACAGUACAGAAUCUACAAGUUUAGAGAUCGAUACAUUACACGCUGUGCAAUUAAAGUUGAACAUCUACCAUCUCCUUAGUUUUAUUCUGUUUAUCUCCGUAUGACGGGACUUCCUCUUAACCACAAUAUCAGAUAAUGUCAUAUGCAUUUUUUGGUUUCUUAAGUACUAAUUAUCAACAUCCAGAUAAUGUGAGAGCUCUGUCAGAUAUAUGUGAAUUUUAACUCUUAACUUUUUUUUCUAUUGAGAAAUAGGCUUUUGUGUUUUGUUUUAUUUUAUUCUGAUUUCCAGCUUGCCAUUCAGUCAUACAAAAUAGUUUGCCAAACAUCGGUAGGUAAAACGGUUUACCAACAUUUAUUCUACAUUGCUGCUGAAUCAUUAGUCAUUGUGUAUUUUGAUCAUAGGUAGUAAUCUGAUGCCAAAUAUAACAUUUUUUUUUUUAACAAUACAUUUGUGGGGGAAAAGUCCUGUUUGUCAGAAACAAGUUCAUUAAAAUUGAUGUUCAAAUUUCAUUCUUCAAAAUGAAUUGUUUGUUGUUUUUGAUGUCAACGUCCGUUUCAGCCAGGGAAAAGGGAAUUGUGGUCUGAAAAUAUAGCCAUUGUUUAUAAGAUGUUGCACACAUUUAAUCUCAACUUUUCAAAAACUUUUCUAUGCUUAAACCAAACUAACAAAAGCUGUUGUUUCUGAGCUGAGUGUGUUUGUUUUAGUUUGUAAAGUUUCCAUACUAACAAUAUUAAUUAAAAAUGUGCUAUAUAGCAGUGCAAAUAGUUAAUGCCUAUAUAUUGUUAAUGAACGAAUAUGUAGCAUACAUGCAUCUAUUUAGGAAUCAGUUUCUGAUCAUAGUCAAUAAAUUUGUCUUCAUUUA